GAAAAACUGCUGAAAACGGAAUUGAAAACGUCCCUUCUGAAGGCAUUUGGGAGCUCUGGAGGAGGGUGCAUAAGCCAAGGGCAGUCCUAUGAAACCGACCACGGGCGAGUGUUUGUUAAAAUCAACGCCAAACCUCAGGUUAACCACUAUAAAGCGAGUCCUCUUUAGCUAUAUGGCUGCACAAGGGAAGGGGGUGGGUCCGUGGAAAUGACUAGGGAGCUCAGCUGUUAGUCUUUGAAAUACAUCACCCCCCCCCCCCCCCCCCGCGCCAAUUUCUCAUCUCGCGCUUGACGAUGACGGAGGGAGGGAAGAAUUUUGAAAUAUUUUAUGCUACCCGAGCAAUAACUGCGUUUUUCUUGAGAUGAUCAUAGAGCAACUGCUGAUGUCUUCUGACUGUAGAAGGGGCAGCAUAAUUUCUAAGGGUGCAUCAUUUUUUUUUACACAUUAAAGAUGAUCCUAAGAAUUUGGAAUAAGACCCGAAUUAGGUCAUUGCCUGUUCUGCCAGUAAAUUGGAUUGGCAAUGCCACUCUAAACUGAGUUACAGCCUUCAAAAGCUAUGGACUUAAAAGGGUGUCCCUCUGCUUAAGGUAUUGGUUUUUUUGAGGCCAUCUCUUAGUGUUUGGUCCCUUCUAGCCUGCUGGUCUUACAAACACUUUAUGGUAUCAAUUGAUGAGUGAAUAUAAAUCAUAUCAGCAUGUGUAGAUUCCAUUGUUUUUAAAGCAAUAAAAUAUUGUGAUUUGUUUUCCCUAUGGCAUGUCUGAAUAAGGGUGCGUUCCUGUGCAAGGAAUUUCUAUGGGAGAGCAUUAAGUGGAUUACUAGUGCACUCAGAUUAGGCCAAAUGCCUUUAUGCACGUCACAAUCAACAAGAGGCUAGGACAAUGUUUGAGGGCGAAAUGGCGAGCUUAGAGACCAUUCAACAAACCAACACUCUGCGGGUUCCAAAACCAAUUAAAGUGAUUGAUCUUCCUGGAGGUGGGGCCGCAUUUGCUAUGGAGUACAUGAAAAUGAAGAGCCUCAACAAAUACUCAGCAAAACUUGGAGAGCAAGUAGCAGAUCUUCACCUUCACAACCAAAAACUUGGAGAGAAAUUAAAGAAUGAAGAAAACACAGUUGGAAAGGGAGCAGGCAUGAAUGAAUCACAUUAUGUGGAUAAGUUUGGAUUUCAUACAGUCACCUGCUGUGGCUAUAUUGCUCAGGUGAAUGAAUGGCAAAGUGACUGGCCCACUUUCUUUGUACAAAAUCGUCUUCAAGCCCAAAUGGAUUUGAUUGAGAGAGAUUACGGAGACAGAGAAGCAAGAGAUCUGUGGUCACGACUAAAGCCAAAGAUUCCAGAAAUGUUUUGUGACCUGGAGAUUAUUCCUGCCCUCAUUCAUGGGGACUUGUGGGCAGGAAAUGUAGCUGAAGAUGACUCUGGCCCUAUUCUUUUUGACCCUGCUUGUUUUUAUGGCCAUUCAGAAUUUGAACUUGCAAUUGCUAUGAUGUUUGGGGGCUUCAGCAGCUCUUUCUUCUCCGCUUAUCACAGCAAAAUCCCCAAAGCUCCAGGUUUUGAGAAACGCAAUAAGCUUUACCAGUUAUUCAACUACAUUAACCACUGGAAUCAUUUUGGAACAGGGUAUCGAGGAUCUACUCUUAAUGUAAUGCGGAAACUUUUAAAAUAAUUCUCAAACAUGCUUCAGAAAUGGUUAACCUGUAUAAUGGGUUCCCCUGCAUGAAAAUGCAAUAACUGUUUCAAAGAAUGUGGGAGGGUACCUGGAAGUUGCAGAAGUCAAGGAAUAAGACAGCAUUUGCGUAUGGUGGAGUUGUCACAGAAUGCUUACCUCUUGUAAUUUCUGCAUUCUAAUUUUUGUUGCCAACAUAUUAACCACUUUAGUAAGGCAGAAAAACAGUAUACGCUCUGUUAUUUCAGAGUAUGAAUUCUAUGACAAAUUUGUCAGUAUAAGCACUGUCCACCAGAAAACCAAAUGUUUCAUUAUGGUUCUGUCCAUUGCUAGCAGUCCAGUUCCAUUACAGAAUGUCAGUGUUAAGCAAUCCAGUUUGGGGAGUUUAAGAGAAACACGCUCAUUCCAGAAGACUUAGAGGCAAAAAAAUGCUGCCAUCAAAUUCUUUGGAAUUGCUUGCAUGAGUGCAGUCAUGCAGGGGUUCCUAACUUUGCCUCUCACUAACAGCAGCUCCUUGUGUUAUAUCACAAACUGAUUUUAAAUUUCCCUGCCUUUCAGAAGUAUCCUGUCUAAUAUAGCUGGCUCCCUAAGGCAAGGAAUCCCUGUUUUUACUCAUACAGUUCAUCCUAUGGACAUGAGAAUUACAACCACAAUGUAAAGUCCAAAGCUGAUUUAUUUUGGAAUGAGCAUAUAUCAAAAUUUUCUCCUGUUUGUCUAAACAAGCUUGAAUGAUGGCUUGUAAUAGCUGAGCAACAGUGAGAGAAGCAGAAAAAAAUCUCUUGCAGGGAGUUGGUCUAGUAAACAGUCUACUCUUCUUUUGAUCAUACUUGGUCAUACCCUUUCUCACUUAUACUCAAGAUUUUUGGCCUGUAUUCUGGUCAGUAAGGUUUGAAGCUUUCCAACAUAAGCAGAACCAGUGAAAGCUCCGCAGGUUGAUUGAAGUUUGCUGAAUGCAGCUAUAGGAUAUUCUUUACAGAUAUGAAACAAUAUUCUACAACUGGAUUCAUAUAUAAGGAUCUUUCCCUUACCAAAUGGAAAUUCCCACAUACUUUGAAUUAAAGAGCAGAGUGGCUGCCUGACCACAGAGACUCCGCAUUUGAAAAUUAAGGCUGCCCUCUUCUUUUGAUAGUAUUCUGAGAAAACAGUAAAACCAGUCUGAAACAUUUGAAAGCUUUUAGAACAUGUUUGUGUUCCCAAAUAACUGUCAACCCUUAUUGCAAUACUCUGUAUCUGAUUGGCAUUAGAAAUAGGACGGCAAAUGUAAAGCCUGAGACUUGCUGUUGGAACAUACUAGGACUUAAUAAGGGGUAUCCUAACAGGUAUAUUGACCUACCAUCAUUAUGUAAAUAAGCAAUUAAGUGUGCAUUGCAACAAUAUUGCUUCAGAAUCAAAUGCAGAUAUUCCAGUGCAAAAACAUUAGGGCUGGAUUAUGUAGGUCUUAAGUGGAGUAGGCAGUGCUACUAACACACCUUUACUAAUUCUAAUGCUGUUCUCCAAAUAAUAUUCAUUCCAGAGAAACAGGGUUGCUAAGCUCCAGAUGGCCAAAAUGUUAGGAGCAAAAACUACCAGACCCUGGCCAUCCAGCCCAGAAAACCCAAUGACCAAUUGACUAAAUGAUCAAUUGACUAAUCAGCAAGAGGGAUUGUCGGAAACUGUACCUGGAGACAAAGUACAAUGAAUAAAUAAACAACUCUAAUGUAUAAUUCUCACCUUGAAAACUUUCAACAAUACAUUUGGUCAUUCUGGUUUUUAUGAAUAUUUGCCUUUUAUAAAAAUUCUGUCUUUUCAUUUCCAUAGAUUAAAUAUUAUGUUCAAAUUAUACUUUGUAGCAGUAGAUCAAUGCACUUGGGUUAGGUUCCUUUUCUCUAACAGAAAACAGAAAUAUUGAUAAAAAUUAAAGUAAUAUAUAUCUUUGAAUCUUCUCUCAUUUGUUAAACCAUAUAAGAGAUAAUGAAGUAUAUGGAGAAAUUCACAAAUAUUUCAAGGAUCAGGCCAGUAUUCCAUGCCUCUCAAAGGUAUGCAAUUAGUGGCUGAAACAUGUUGGAACUAUUGUAAAAUGAACUCACUGUGGGUGUCAAAUCAGUAAAAAUAAUAUCAUUAUAUCAUAACUAUAUAAAAUAAGUUAAGAAAUAAAAUUUGAGGUUUGAAGUAUUUCUUUUCAUAGUGUGUGACAUGUAAUGUGAGACUGUAAUAUUUCUUUGUACAAAUUAAAAUUCCCUGUUUUCAGUUAAUCACUGCUGUAAUCACAAAUUGUCAUCUUUGUGUCUUAAAUGGAAUGUUGCAAUAAUCUUUGUGAAUGCCAAGAAAACUGGUAUUAGAGCAAUCACAAUUCAUCUCAUAACAAGCUUGAAAGAAAGUUGCCAUGCCAUACCUACUUUGUAUACAAUAUGAAAUUAAAGUGUGCGGUGGAAUGUGAAUAAAGUGCUGUAGCUGCUUA